AUGUCUCUGCCCUACAGAUUCAAGGCAGGUGGCUCAGGGAGCAGGGAAAGCAUGGCACCCAUCAGUACAAUGAGUCAUCAUCAUCGAAGUACUACCAAACAAUCCCAUAAACCUUUCAAGCCGCGAUUCGCGAGCAAGGGCGCCUUGAAAGAUAUCGCAAAAGGCAAGAUCGAAUCUCAUAGCGAAGCCCGCGGCAAGCGACGUACUCCGCAUCAGCAAGUCAUGUCAAAGAUUGCUAGGCGGAAUCAAGCUAAACAACUGCGAAUGCUCCACCACGAGAAAAGGGAUAACGAAUCAAGCAUCUUUCAGGGAAGAGAUGGAUUGCCAAAACAAGUUGCAGUGGUACCACUAUCCGACAAGGUAGAUGUCCAUAAGGCUAUUGAGCAAUUGAACAGCAGCGUCGACAUCACGGGUCAACUACAGGGUAGUGGCACAACAGCAGUUAAGAUCGAACGGUUCAGACGAAAUCUACUCUACCUCCCCGCCAAAUAUGAACUUAUCACAGCACUGGAAAUAUGUCAAUUAGCCGACUGGGUAGUCUUUGUGCUAUCACCAGAGCAACAAAUUGGCGAGGACGGAGACCAAUACAUUCGAGCUCUAGAGGGUCAAGGUAUCACCAAUGUGCUAUGUGUUGUGCAGGGACUCAAUGACGCUAUACCGCCGCCGAGGAGGUCCAAAGUCCUGACAGAAGCUAAAUCGGAAAUGUCUCGUUAUUUUCCUAAUCUUGACAAAUUAUGCGUACUUGACAAUCCAGCAGACUGCGCAAAUGUGGUAAGAAGUCUGUGUACAGCCAACAGCAGGGGGAUCAGAUGGAGAGACGAGAGAGGCUGGAUGUUGAUUGAAAACCUCAAAUGGAAGGAAGCGCAGAACGAUCAGCAACUUUCGACCGCGUAUAUUUCAGGUACAGUGCGAGGGAAACCUCUCAAUCCUGAUCGACUUGUUCACAUCCCCGGAUGGGGAGAUUUCCGGGUUGGGCAGAUUACGGAAAUACCGCAGCGGAAAACUCAAAGAAGACAAGAAGACAAAAUGGAGGAGGUUGUAAAACGACAUAUCCCCUCUCAAGAUCAAGAGGAUCUCCAGACAUUGGCCCCUGAAGAGAUGGACCUUAGAGAAGCAACCAAUAGUGUGGCAACAGAUACACACAAAGGCGUACUCCUAGACGAUCACCAUUAUUUUUCAGACGAUAACUCCCAUAUUCCACCUACUCCAAAGCGAUUGCCAAAGGGCACUUCGUCCUACCAAGCUGCCUGGUUUUUGGAUGAUGUGUCAGAUUCGGACUCUGAUAUCAUUGAUGGAGAGGACGAUAUUUCUAAUGUGGCAAUGGAGGUGGAAGCUUCUCCAAUGGGCCCAGAAGAUGGUGCUAAUCUGGGGGAUGCGAUGGAUGCAACAACCGAAGCUGGUCCUUCCGAGUAUCCAGAAUCAGAAAUGCACAUAGACCUACCUGCAAAUGAGGAAGCAGAAGCUAUACAAGAGUUCCGGAAGAGGCGCAAAGAAGCAGAGGAAGAUCUCGAAUUUCCAGACGAGAUCGAAUUACAUCCAAAUGUGCUUGCUCGCGAAAGACUUGCCAAGUAUCGUGGAUUGAAAAAUCUUCGAACCAGUGAGUGGAACGUCGAUGCGGAUGCGCCAUUUGAGCCCUCUGAUUAUCAAAGACUGCUCAAGAUUGCAGAUUACAAGAAGUCCAAAAAUGCUGCUGUGCGUGAGGCUCUAGCUGGAGGAGUACCAGUAGGCACGAAAGUUGAGGUGGAGAUCUUGAACGUACCGGCCUCGCUACAGAAUUCUGGCCCACCCACCUCCAUGUUCAGUCUCCUUCGGCAUGAGCACAAGUCCGUGGUCGUCAACCUAAACAUGACGCUCUCUUCAGCUCUUUCGAAGCCAAUCAAGUCGAAGGAGGAAUUGAUUGUACAGAUUGGUCCACGUCGAUUUGUCAUCAACCCAAUUUUCUCCACCGCUGGCACCACCCCUAAUGAUGUCCACAAAUUUGACAGGUUUCUCCAUCCCGGUCGGACAGCAAUUGCGACCUUUAUUGGGCCGCUCACCUGGGGUUCUGUGCCCGUUCUGGUGUUCAAAGGGGCAUCUGCUCAUUCACAAGAUUCAGAAACAGAGGCUCCUAUAUCAGUUGAUGCCAUGGCCACUGAUGUCGAGGCUUCCACUGGCAAGCUGUCUCAACAGCUUCAGCUGGUUGGAAAUGCUACCACUGUCCCACCUUCCUCUUCUCGUGUCAUAGCAAAACGUGUCAUCCUCACUGGUCAUCCCUACAAGAUUCAUAAGAAGCUUGUCACGAUACGUUACAUGUUCUUUAACAAAGACGAUGUGGCUUGGUUUUCCGCAUUGCCGCUGUGGACGAAAAGAGGAAGACAAGGCUAUAUCAAGGAAAGCCUGGGCACACAUGGAUACUUCAAAGCUACAUUUGAUGGAAAAAUCAACCCUAUGGAUGCAGUUGGAGUCAGUCUGUACAAGAGAGUAUUCCCCAGACCAGCGAGGAUGUGGAAUGGGAAGCGGGGUUUUACAGUUUGA